CGAGCAACAGUUGAAAAGCAGCUGAACGAGAGUGAACGCAAGAUGUCGGCGGGAAACAAGGCAACAUAUGUUAAGCACAAUAACGGCACCAUAAUCCAAGCAAUUGGCCUGGGCACUUAUACGUCAUUAGGCGGGGAUUGCGAGCGGGCUACGCUGCAUGCGAUUGACGUCGGCUAUCGGCACAUAGACACCGCCUACUUCUACGAGAACGAGGCCGAGGUGGGCCAAGCGGUGCGCCAGAAGAUCGCCGAGGGCGUCAUCAAGCGCGAGGACAUCUUCAUAACCACAAAGCUUUGGUCGCACUUCCAUGAGCCGGAGAGGGUGGAGUAUGCCUGCCGCAAGACCCUGGCCAACUUUGGACUAGAGUAUUUGGAUCUCUACCUGAUGCAUUGGCCGUACUCGUAUGUUUAUCGCGGCGACACAGAGCUGAUGCCCACGGACGCCAAGGGCGAGGUGGAACUCAGCGACGUGGAUUACCUAGACACUUGGCUUGCCAUGGAGAAGCUUGUCGAGCUCGGCUUGACGAAGAGCAUUGGCGUUUCCAAUUUCAAUUCCGAGCAACUGACGCGCCUCUUGGCCAACUGCAAAAUCAAGCCAAUUCACAACCAGAUCGAAUGUCAUCCGGCGCUUAACCAGAAGAAACUGAUCGCGUUGUGCAAGCAGCACGAUAUUGUGGUUACCGCCUAUUGUCCCCUGGGAAGGCCGGAUCCCGCCAAGAAGCAACCGAACUUCAUCUACGACGCAAAGGUGCAGGCCAUUGCCGACAAGUACAAGAAGUCUGCGGCGCAGGUGGUGCUGCGUUACCUGAUCGAAAUUGGAACCGUGCCGCUGCCAAAGUCAUCCAAUCCAAAACGUAUUGAAGAGAACUUCAACAUCUUCGACUUCAAACUGGAUGCUGGGGAUCACGCGAUCCUGGACACAUACAACACGGGCGAGCGUCUUAUCAAAAUGGAGCAUGCCGUCAAAAGCAAAAACUAUCCCUUCCAUAUUGAGUUUUAAGAGCGAAUAUAUGAUAUAUACACAUG